GCGCUCAACUGUCCGCUCGCAGUGUCCCGCCGCCGUCAGCGCUUACCCCACCGCCACUCGUCAUGAAGGUCGCUGCCGCCGUCCCCUCGCCGCUGCCCGCAGGCGCCGGCGGCGCGUUGAAGGCGGUGCGGCCCGGGGAGGCUGCCCGCUGCGGCCCGGGCCCGGGCCCGGUGCUGGGAGUGUCCCCGGGGGCGGCGGAGCAGGCGGCCGCCGCGCUGCUGUACGACAUGAAGGGCUGCUACUCGCGGCUGCGAGCGCUGGUGCCGACGCUGCCGCGGCACCGGCGUGUCUCCAAAGUGGAGCUGCUGCAACACGUUAUCGACUACAUCUGGGACCUGCAGCUGGCGCUGCAGCGGUGCCCCCCCUGUCCCGCAGCCGCCGGGGACCCCCCCGAGGCUCCGUGCAUGCCCGCUACCGACCAGAUCCUGUGCCGCUGAGACUGCUCCGGACCCGCCACGGACAUCCCCGAGACCCCGGUCCCGAGCGCUGCGGCUCGGCUGUCCCCCGGGACCUCCGCGGCCUGGCUGGGGGUGCUGCCCCGGGGGUCCCUCUGCAGCCUGGGCAGGGGGUGCUGCCCGGCAGCUGCGGGACGUAUCCUUCUCAGAUUGCUGAGAGCAUUCCCCGUAUUGUAUAUUACAAUGAUGCUGGAGAAAUAAUAUUGUUCUACAAUAGCUGGAGUUUUGUUAUUAAACAAGCCCUGAUGACCAGA